AUGGUUUUACAGCUGAGCUCCAGGGCAAGAGAAAGAAAAGUUCCAGCAUCAAGAAUAAGUCGUCUUGUUAGUUAUGGAGGAUUAGCAGCCGGUCUAGGUGCUGGAGCUAUCUCAGAAAUUACAAAGAGAUCUUUAGGCUUAAAGGAAAGAGGUACAGCCAUCUUAGAUUCAUCACCAUUUCUAACAGAAGCUAAUGCUGAAAGAAUUGUGAAUACAUUGUGUAGAGUAAGGGGUGCAGCAUUGAAAUUGGGUCAAAUGUUAAGUAUUCAAGAUAAUUCCUUGAUAAAUCCCCAGCUACAAAGAAUAUUUGAAAGAGUUAGACAAAGUGCUGAUUUCAUGCCUGCAAAACAAAUGAUUAAAGUAUUAAAUCAAGAACUAGGAUACAACUGGAGAGAAAAAUUACAAUCAUUUGAUGAAAAACCAUUUGCAGCAGCUUCUAUUGGUCAGGUACAUAAAGGCAUUUUACAUGAUGGUAGAGAAAUAGCAAUAAAAAUUCAGUAUCCUGGUGUAGCUCAGAGUAUUGAUAGUGAUAUUAAUAAUUUGAUGGCCGUGUUGAAUGUUUGGAAGAUUCUCCCAGAAGCUAUGUAUGUAGAUAAUGUAAUGAAAGUAGCUAAAAGAGAACUAGCCUGGGAAGUAGACUAUAUCAGAGAAUCAGAAUGUGGUAAAAAAUUCAAGGAAUAUUUAAAAGAUGAUCCUAUGUUAUAUGUACCAGACGUUAUAGAUGAAUUAUCAACUAAACAAAUAUUAACAACAGAAUUUAUACAUGGUAUACCUUUAGAUCAAUGUGUUAAUCUAGAUCAACGACAACGUAAUAUGAUUGGUGAAUCAAUAUUAAGAUUAUGUUUAUUAGAAUUAUUUGAGUUUAGAUUUAUGCAGACUGAUCCUAACUGGUCCAAUUUCUUUUAUAAUGAGCAAACUGAAAAGUUGAUAUUGUUAGAUUUUGGUGCUACAAGAGAGUUUGAUAAAGUAUUUGUAGAUAGAUAUAUCAGAGUUAUUAAGGCAGCAGCUAUUGGUGAUAGAGAAAAAAUAUUAUCAUGGUCUCAGAAACUUGGUUUUUUAACUGGUUAUGAAACAAAGGUAAUGGAAGAAGCUCAUAUUGAUGCAGUAAUGAUACUUGGUGAAGCUUUUUCUAAAAAUGAAGAAUUUGACUUCAGCACACAAAGUACAACUAAUAGAAUACAGAAUAUUAUACCAAUCAUGUUAAAACAUAGACUCUCUCCUCCACCUGAGGAAACCUAUUCCUUACAUAGAAAGAUGUCAGGAUCAUUUUUAUUAUGUGCUAAAUUAGGUUCUAAAGUCAAGUGUAAAACUCUGUUCGAUAACGUAUGGGACCAGUACCAAUUUGAUGAUGAUGGUGAGUUAUGAUAAAGGUGUAUUAGUAGAUCUUUGUGCUUCACCAUGUGACUGGAACAGGGUUCAACUUUGAAGAUCUAGUGAUAAACUCACU